AUGUUAGCUGGACCAAGACAGCCCGCGCCUCUUCGUCGGAUCAUAACAGCUCAUGAUUCCACAAGCGGUCGAGCUAUUUUCAGCAACGCUAUUGGGGAGCAGGUAUCGUUUACUGGCUUCCCGGUCCCGCCUGGCAAACCCACAACAUCAGACUAUGCUCUGGUCUAUAACACAAGUACAUUUCCUGUACAAGGGCUUUCUCCUCCAACUUCUGCAACUCCUGAGUCCAAAGCCAAUCUUGACAUCAAGCACUAUCACUCCCAGCUUUUGGAUCCAUCGCCUUUGAAUCCGCCAAACGGCACCUCCUGCACGAUUAUUGAGGUACCUCCAGGUUCAGAGGUACCGAUGCACCGAACAGCGACCCUCGACUAUGGUGUCGUGAUUGAUGGCACUACAGAGUUAAUCCUUGAUUCCGGCGAGAAAAAAUUACUGAAGAAGGGUGAUGUAUUUGUUCAACGAGGUACGGCUCAUUCUUGGCGGAAUAUGGCUGAAAAGAAUGACAUUUCUGGUGUUUUACGUGUCUUCUUCGUGUUUCAACCUAUCGAUCAAGUGCGACUGGAAGGCGGAAAGGUUAUUGGUCAGGACUUGAAUCUGUCUUUGCGUCAGACUUAA